CUCGCUUUCCUCUCGGAUUGAAGUUAGUUGACUGGGCCAGUACUCUUCCUUUCUUCAUCAUCAUAUCCGUUAUGACUGCUAUGUCUUUUCAUAUGGGGACUGCUGCGUCACUCGGCCCUCAUACCAUUCUGACCCUCACCAAUGGUCCAGUGACCCCGGAUGGUUUCACACGGGAGGCCGUACUUGUAAAUGGGAUUACCCCUGGACCUCCGAUAACCGGCUGGAAGGGCGAUAACUUCCUGAUCAAUGUCGUAAACGAAUUGCAGGAUCCUUCGAUGAACAAGACUAGCACUGUUCACUGGCAUGGACUCUUCCAACAUCACUCGAAUGCGGAGGACGGAACGGCCUUUGUAACUCAGUGCCCGAUUGCGUCUGGCAAUUCCUUCUUGUAUGACUUCGAUGUUCCUGAUCAAGCUGGGACGUUCUGGUAUCACAGUCACGAGACUUUGCAAUACUGUGAUGGUCUACGGGGUCCAUUGAUCGUCUAUGACCCGGAUGAUCCGUAUGCGGACUUGUACGAUAUAGAUGACGAGUCUACGAUCAUCACCCUCAAUGACUGGUAUCAUGUACCUGCACUACAGGUCGCUUCCCCAUCGCUUGUGGACUCAAUUCUCAUCAAUGGUCUGGGACGGCAAGCGAACGAUACUACUUCUCCGUUGUCCGUCAUAACUGUGACUCAAGAGAAACGCUACCGAUUCCGCCUCAUUUCUAUGUCUUGCGAUGCUUACCUCAACUUCACCAUCGACAACCACACCGUCACCGUCAUCGAAGCUGACGGACAGAAUACGAAACCAUUGCCGGACAUUGACUCCAUUCAAAUCUUCGCAGCACAACGCUAUUCCCUCAUUCUAGAGGCAAAUCAGACCAUUGGCAACUAUUGGAUUCGUGCAGUGGCUCCAAAGAAAGUGGAUAAUCAAGGAACGGCUAUACCGCCACCUGGCAUGGCGAUCCUCCGCUACGUCGGUGCACCGGACGACGAGCCUAAAACUACAAGCCACACAAAUCAUCCACUGAACGAAUCUGAUCUCCGUGCAUACGGUGAUAAGCCCGUCCCCGGAAAGCCCUAUCCUGGUGGUGCAGACGUAAACAUUCAACUUGACUUCGCAGAGACUGCUACAGGCCUGUACACUGUGAACAAUGUCAUCUUCAUACCACCACCUGUUCCCGUUCUUCUCCAGAUUAUGCACGGCGACUUCUCCCCAUGGGAUUUGAUGCCUACGGGCAGUGUGUAUGGGUUACCCCCCAACAAGUCCGUUGAGAUUUCGAUGCCGGGUGGUGUAGGGAACUCGACACAUCCUCUGCACUUGCAUGGUCAUACUUUCUCGGUUGUCAGGAGCGCGGGUCAGCUCUCACCCAACUAUGACGACCCAGUUCGCCGUGAUACGGUCAACAUUGGUCUGCUUGGAGACAACGUGACGAUCCGGUUCGAUACCAACAACCCUGGGCCCUGGUUCUUACAUUGCCAUAUCGACUUCCACCUCUACCAAGGAUUUGCUGUCGUCAUGGCGGAGGACACAUACGCGACACCGUUGGUGGACACGCCUCCUCCGGAAUGGGAUGCGCUAUGCCCCAUAUACAACUCGUUGCCUCUCUCAGAUGACUAACUUUACGCUCGAAUGUUAUGUCCCCGAAGGGCAUGGUGCCCGUGAUGAGCCGCUUUGUUUAACGUUGUCAGCGAACUUGCUCGAGGUGUGAUGGUACUGCAAAGCAACGAACUUGAGUGUAAGCUUACCAUUUUGGAAAGAUUUAAGCUGCAUUGGUGUUGAGUCCGUCUCCUGGUACGUGGCUGUUGACGCAACUAGCUCCAUUGUAUUUUACACUAGUAC